AUGCUUAGGGCUCCGCCCUUGAGUUUCUGCCUAGCAGUGCAGCCCUCAGGCCACGUCGACAGCCAUCCAGGCCUUCAACCCUCAGAGAGGGCUAAAGAAGCUGCAUUAAUGGUGGGUAAAAAAAGAAUCACUCUAACCUCCUGCUACUAUUAUAAAGAAAAAAGUAAGGUGUGGGUUGGGGCUGGUCAAAUCUACGACCACACCUUUCAAGGGGAUCACAAAAAGGCUCCACCUGGAAUGCUGUUUACUACUACUAAGCGGAAUGCUGUAGCCUCGAGUUGGAUAAUAUGCAAAACAAGUUGGCAAGAUGGAGCAAAUGCGAUAACUUGCCUUCACUCAGUAAUGCCAGACCUCGUCUUGCAGUUUUGUGGCAUUAACCUCACCACUGGCUCUGGCAAGUCUGACGGCCAGCACAUUCGCUCUUCUCCCUCACACGUCCUUCAAAUGGGCCAAAAUUUUCACGAACUAUUGAGACAGCCUAAAAGAAACACCGGCCGAUGGUUCAAUGUUGGCCGAAAUUCCGAAGACCGAAACGGCGAUGCCCAUCAGACGUGGCCACCAGCGAAGACAACUGGACGCGACGUUUAA